AUGUGGAAGGGUCUUGCGCGGGGAAUAUUCAUCGGCAUUAUACUGUAUGAUGAAGCACCGAGAGCAAUACACAGAGGGAUCGAGUCAUCCAUGCUCUUGAAGGGGAUCGAUGAGGAAAAAAAAGGUGGAAACGGUGAUUUUGCGUCCCGAGGAAGUGAUUGUAUAUGCGACAGUCAAUGUAAAAUGCGUAAUGGUCCGGAGAACGUGACUGUCCAACUUUUCAUCGUGUUUCGAAAAAGAAAUUUCGACACAGACCACAAGAAGUCACAUACAACCACUAGACCAUCGGAAAAUCGUGGUCAGACCAUUCGCAACUACAUAUGUGCCACCACCAGACCCCAACCACAAGGAACCACAUACGACCACCAGACCAUCGGAAAAGGAGAGAAAAGACCUCGUAUCAGACCAAUCUCAAACCAACCAGACCGAAGUAAGACCACACAAACAAAGUACUCUCCCUUACCAGACCUUAAUAACCACAUACGACCACCAGACCAUCGAAAGGGGAGAGAAAAGAUCCCAUAUCAGACCAGAAGCAACCACCAGACCGAAGUGAGACCACACUUGAAACCAAGUACUCUCCCUUACCAGACCACAAGGACCCACAUACGACCACCAGACCAUCGAAAAGGGAGAGAAAAGACCCACUCUCUAGAUCAGACCAAUCUCAACCACCAGACCGAAGUGAGACCACACCUUAAACCAAGUACUCUCCCUUACCAGACCACAAGGAACCACAUACGACCACCAGACCAUCGAAAAGGGAGAGAAAAGACCCCGUAUCAGACCAAUCGCAACCACCAGACCGAAGUGAGACCACACUUGAAACCAAGUACUCUCCCUUACCAGACCACAAGGAACCACAUACGACCACCAGACCAUCGAAAAAGAAGAGAAAAGACCCCGUAUCAGACCAGAAGCAACCACCAGACCGAAGUGAGACCACACAAACAAAGUACUCUCCCUUACCAGACCACACUGACCCACCUACGACCACCAGACCAUCGAAAAAGGAGAGAAAAGACCCACUCUCUAGAUCAGACCAAUCUCAACCACAAGACCAAAGUAAGACCACACCUUAAAGCAAACCACAAGGACCCAACACACGACCACCAGACAUCGAAAAAGGAGAAAAUAGACCCCGUAUCAGACCAGAAGCAACCACCAUACCGAAACCGAAGUGAGACCACACGAACAAAGUACUCUCCCUUACCAGACCACAAGGAACCACCUACGACCACCAGACCAUCGAAUGGGAGAGAAAAGACCCCGUAUCAGACCAGAAGCAAACCACCAGACCGAAGUGAGACCACACUUGAAACCAAACCACAAGGACCACCUACGACCACCAGACCAUCGAAAUGGGAGAGAAAAGACCCCGUAUCAGACCAAGAAGCAACCACCAGACGAAGUGAGACCAUACUUGAAACUAGUACUCUCCCUUACCAGACCAAAAGGACCCACAUACGACCACCAGACCAUCGAAAAGGGAGAGAAAAGACCCACUCUCUAGAUCAGACCAAUCUCAACCACCAGACCGAAGUAAGACCAUACAAAGUACUAUCCCUUACCAGACCACAAGGACCCACACACGACCAGCAGACCAUCGAAAAAGACCACAAGGAAACAUACGACCACCAGACCAUCGAAAAAGGAGAGAAAAGACCAUUCUCUAGAUCAGACCAAUCUCAACCACCAGACCGAAGUGAGACCGCACAAACAAAAAGUACUAUCCCUUACCAGACCACACUGACCCACCUUACGACACCAGACCAUCGGAAAAGGAGAGAAAAGACCCACUCUCUAGAUCAGAACAGAAGCAACCACCAGACCGAAGUGAGACCACACAAAUCAAACCACAAGGACCCACAUACGACCACCAGACCAUCGGAAAAAGGAGAGAAAAAAAACCUGUAUCAGAGACCAUUCCACCGCAUAUUUACCACCAGCAAGCAGCAACCGAGUGAGACCACACAAACAAAGUACUCUCCUCUUACCAGACCACAAGGAACCACGACCACCAGACCAUCGAAAAAAGGAGAGGAAAGACCCCGUAUCAGACAAUCUCAACCACCAGACCGAAGUAAGACCACACAAACAAAGUACUCUCCUUACCAGACCUUAAAAACCACUACGACCACCAGACCAUCGAAAAAGGAGAGAAAAGACCCUCUAGAUCAUCAGACCAAUCUCAACCACCAGACCGAAGUGAGACCACACAAAACAAAGUACUCUCCCUUACCAGACCACAAGGACCACAUACGACCACCAGACCAUCGAAAAAGGAGAGAAAAGACCCCGUAUCAGACCAAUCUCAACCACCAGACCGAAGUGACACCACACCUUAAACAAAGUACUCUCCCUUACCAGACCAUACUGACCCACCUACGACCACCAGACCAUCGAAAAGGGAGAGAAAAAGACCCCAUAUCAGACCAAUCUCAACCACCAGACCGAAGUAAGACCACACAAACCAAGUACUCUCCCUUACCAGACCAUAGACCCACAUACGACCACCAGACCAUCGAAAAGGAGAGAAAAGACCCCUAUCAGACCAAUCUCAACCACCAGACCGUAAAGACCGUACUCUCCCUUACCAGACCACAAAAACCCACAUACGACCACCAGACCAUCGAAAAAGAAAGAAAGACCCACUCUCUAGAUCAACCAAACAGGGACUCGGCCUAUACGAGCUUCACCGACAGUUUUGAUCGAUCUGCCCAAGACUUUAGGUUGUCCCAGGCCUCCUACAAGGUUGUCUCUUACAGAUACAACCUGGUGGGCGGAUCAUCCUGGGGAAGCGAACAGGUGGCUGUGGAGCCUGAGUUGGCGUUCGAGGGUUGUGCAGGUAACAGGUGCAAGAGAGAUACCUGUGCAAAGAUUGCAGUAUGCUUGGCAGACUCGAUCCCUCAGCUGGAAACUGUUUUGAGAUAUAAACCUACAGUAAUCACACAGCAAAUAGAAACAGCGAUCUUUAUAACAAACAACCUCGUUGUCUUUGAACAUAGCUUUAACAACCCGGGCCUGACCUGGAAGCGCCAUACGGGUUUACAUUCGCGAACUUCUAUCAUAACAACAGACCCGUGUUAUAAAUCAAUGAUUAGCAUAUAUAUUGCAGUAAUCAAGAAUGCAUAA